ACCUAGCUCGAUCAUCAAAAACCCUCCACUCAGUUAUGGCAUUGCAAUUCCGCUCUUUGCUCUUGUGUGUGGUGCUGCUUCUCCUUGGCUUUGCAUUGGCAAAUACCAAUGCUGCCAGGACAGAUCCACCCAUUGUUUGUGCAACUCUCAACAGGACCCAUUUCGAUACUCUUAUUCCAGGGUUCACAUUUGGCGCAGCUACAGCAGCUUACCAAUUAGAAGGUGCUGCAAACAUAGACGGUAGAGGACCAAGCGUAUGGGAUAACUUCACCCAUGAGCAUCCAGAAAAGAUAACUGAUGGUAGCAAUGGAGAUGUUGCUAUUGAUCAAUAUCACCGUUAUAAGGAAGAUGUGGCAAUUAUGAAGGAUAUGGGGUUGGAUGCUUAUAGGUUCUCUAUCUCAUGGUCCAGAUUGUUACCAAAUGGAAAACUAAGUGGUGGAAUUAACAAGAAAGGAAUCGAAUACUACAAUAAUCUCACCAAUGAACUCCUACGCAAUGGUAUAGAGCCAUUAGUGACACUCUUCCACUGGGAUGUUCCCCAAGCCUUAGAAGACGAAUAUGGUGGUUUGUUAAGCCCUCAUAUUGUCGAUGACUUUAAAGCAUACGCAGAUCUUUGUUAUAAGGAAUUUGGCGAUCGAGUAAAGCAUUGGACCACACUUAAUGAGCCAUAUACCAUUAGUAACCAUGGUUACACAAUCGGGAUCCAUGCACCAGGACGAUGCUCUGAUUGGUAUAACCCAAACUGCCUUGGUGGAGAUUCGGGUACUGAACCAUAUUUGGUGACACACAAUCUACUCCUUGCUCAUGCAGCUGCUGUAAAAUUGUACAGGGAAAAAUAUCAGGCAUGUCAAAAUGGUGUCAUAGGAAUAACAGUUGUAUCACAUUGGUUUGAGCCCGCUUCGGAGUCACAACAAGAUAAAGACGCUGCAUUUCAAGCUUUGGAUUUUAUGUAUGGAUGGUUUAUGGACCCAUUGACAAGAGGUGACUACCCGCAGACCAUGCGAUCUAUUCUUGGUGUACGGUUACCGAAUUUUACGGAAGAACAAUCCAAGUCACUGAGUGGGUCAUAUGACUAUAUUGGAGUAAACUACUACUCUGCUAGAUAUGCAAGAGCUUAUCCUAAGGAUUAUUCUGUACCUACACCUCCAAGCUACCUAACAGAUGUUCAUGUUAAUGUUACAACUGAUCUUAAUGGGGUCCCCAUUGGUCCACGGGCUGCUUCAGACUGGUUAUAUGUUUACCCAAAAGGACUUUACGAUCUUGUACUCUACACAAAGGAAAAGUAUAAUGAUCCAAUUAUGUACAUUACUGAGAAUGGCAUGGAUGAGUUCAAUAAUCCCAAAUUAUCACUUGAGCAAGCACUUGAUGAUGCUAAUAGAAUUGACUACUACUAUCGCCACCUCUGUUACCUCCAAGCAGCAAUUAAGGAGGGUGCUAAUGUGCAGGGAUACUUUGCAUGGUCUUUGCUAGACAACUUUGAAUGGAGCGAAGGAUAUACUGUUCGAUUUGGUAUUAACUAUAUUGAUUACGACAAUGGACUGGAAAGACACUCAAAACUAUCGACGCACUGGUUCAAAAGUUUUCUCAAGAGAUCCUCAAUUAGUAAGAAGAAAAUCCGAAGAUGUGGGAACAAUAAUGGUAGGGCUACCAAAUUUGUGUAUCAAAUUUGAAUCCCAAGGAUGGAUAAAGUACAAUGGCUCCUCCAUAGUGGUUGUGCGAGUUGUUUUUCAUGUUUUAACUUUUUGUUUGACUUUUUCUGAGUUGGAAUAAGUUGCAACAACUCAUUAUGAGUUAGUUGUCUUUCUUUGUGAGGGUUUAGUUUUAAUUUUAAUUUAUGUUGUUGAUGUGCCUCGUUUAUCCAAGUUUGUUGACUUUAUGCGGUGGAGGUGCUUUGGCCGGUUGUGGAUAUGGUUGGAGGGAUACCUUAUUGUCUAGAUGUUGUUGAUGUAUCCUUCAUGUGUUUGUAUUAGUCCUUGUGAUCAGUGCCCUUUACGGCUAAAUUAUAAAUGUAAUUUCUUCUAAAUAUAAACGUUAUAAAUAAAAAUAAAAACUAAAAUAAA